CAAAUUCCCUUUGGCCUCUGGCUCAACAUUCAAGGGUCCAAACAAAUCACCCGCUCCAUUCCUGAGGACCCAGCCCCACCUACCUAUUAUCUUUCUCCCCUCUUUAGAAAUAUGAGAUUGACAUGUUAAAGCUGUUCAAGCAAGCAGCAAAACCAUCUCCAUCCCCCUUAAAAGAGAGAUUCUUUGCAUUGUCCCCCACAUUUCUAACUUUUAAAUAUUCCCUCUUCGUGCCAUGGAUUGAUUCUCCACAUAUAGGAACACUUACACCCUGUCCAUCUCAUACAACCCACUGCUUUUCGUUUCUUUCUUCUUCGGUGAUGGUUCCAGAAUUGGAGAAACCUCGAGUCACUGAGAUACAGGUCCGGAUGGACUGCAAUGGAUGCGUACAGAAGAUCAAGAAAGCUCUACUUGGUAUCAGUGGUGUAUAUGAGCUCUACAUUGACUUCCCUCAGCAAAAGAUAACUAUAAUUGGGUGUGCUGAUCCUGAGAAAAUAGUCAAAGCCAUAAAAAAGACAAGAAAGACUGCCAUCAUUUGUUCCCACACAGAACCACAAGCUCAGCCAUCAGACCCAGACAACCAAGGAGAGGCAGCACCCCAGGAGUCCGCCAACCCUCCCCAACAAGAGUCUGCUACCCCUCCUCCAUCAGAAGGGCCACCAACUGAAGAGGCAUCACCAGCAGAGGCACCACCAGCAGAGGCACCAAAAGAUCCACCGCCACCAGCAGAAAGUCCAAAACCAGAUGCUGCAGAGGCUCCAGCGAGCAAGCCAGUUCAAUCCUCAGGACCAAAAGAUGUUGAAGAGGUUCAUGUAAUUUACCACCAUCCACCAGACUUUGGCUAUAGAUACGGGUACAAUCCCAGCAUGAGUAGUCCAAAUAUGGGGCAAGGAUACAUUAGUGGGUACUGGCAUUCUUAUCCCACCGGUCCAGUAUUUAGGCCCGAGCCACUGGCACCUGUACCUGCACCCCCACCCCCACCCACUUAUGUAACUCACAGCUACAACACACACAGGGCAUCACCUUACGUCACUGGAUAUGAGUAUACAAGGCCUCCACCACAAUAUUCACAUUAUACAAGGCCAGAGAGCUAUCAACAACCACAGUACAGUGUGCACUAUAGCAGGCCGGCUGAGAGCUAUCCGCUGCCACCACAGUACACACAUUAUAGCAGGCCAGAGCGCUACAGGGAGGACUAUCAUUACGGUAACAAUGGAAAUGGAAAUAUUACUUCAGUUUUCAGUGAUGAAAAUCCAAAUGCAUGUAGAAUAGUCUAGAAGGCACAGCAACGUCUUCACGCAAAGCAGACGCAUUCUAUGAGAGAGACGUAACUCAUCAAUGGAGCACAAUUAGUCUAGAAAACUACGCACUGCUCAUAAUAAAACUUCUAAGAUGAGCGUAUGUGGGAAUAUUGAAGGAAAUCAGAUUCUUAGCUUGUAAGAGCAGGAAGAAUAUAUCCCAUAUUCCACUUUUGACAGACGUCUAAUGCAAAGAACCAGCAUUUAUUCCUGUGAAAUUAUCAAAUCUAUAUUGGUUUCCAUA